AAUAUUAUACAAACAAAAGAAAAUGGAUUACAGUCUGUCGGCCAAGAAAAGCCGCUGAUUUCAAGAUUGCUUUUCUCUCUCUCUCUCUCUCUCUCUCUCUCUCUAUAUAUAUAUAUAUAUAUGUUCAGCAGAGUGAGAGUGGCCGCCUGAACCCGGAAGAGAGCCAUGAACAGCUUCCUUCUUCUCUUCUCGCUAGGUCUCCUCCUUGUGUUUGCCGCCGAAGGGCGGCGAAGCCCCUCCUGCGACGCGCCGGACAGCGGCUCCGACCUCCGGGUCCUCCACGUGUCCAGCCCCUGCUCUCCGUUCCGGCAGCCGUCGACGAAACAUCUUUCAUGGGAAGAGAGUGUGCUCCAAAUGCAGUCGGAGGAUCAGGCCAGGCUCCAGUACCUGGCCAGCCUCGUGGCCGGCAAGUCGGUGGUGCCUCUCGCCUCCGGCCGGCAGAUACUGCAAACGCCAACUUAUCUUGUUAGGGUUAAGAUCGGGACGCCGCCGCAGACUCUCCUCAUGGCCAUGGACACCAGCAACGACGCCGCUUGGCUGCCCUGCACUGGCUGCGUCGGCUGCUCCUCCAGCGUGUUUGCCCCGGCCAAGUCCACCACUUUCCGACCAGUUCCUUGCCACGCCCCACAAUGCAAGCAGGUACCGAACCCCACCUGCGGGUUAAGGUCUUGCAGCUUCAACAUGACGUACGGCACCUCCUCCAUCGCCGCGAACCUCUCCCAAGACGCCGUGAAGCUCGCCGCCGACGUCGUGCCGGCGUACACCUUCGGCUGCAUCAGCAAAGUCACGGGCAAAUCAGCGCCUGCUCAGGGUCUUUUAGGCCUGGGCCGGGGCCCGUUGUCUCUGAUGUCCCAGACGUAUGGCCUCUAUCAGUCCACCUUCUCUUACUGCCUGCCCAACUUCAGGUCCAGAGAUUUUUCCGGGUCGCUUAGACUUGGGCCCAUCGGCCAGCCCAAAAGGAUCAAGUACACGCAGCUGCUCAGGAACCCCAGCCGAUCCUCUCUGUACUAUGUCAACAUGAUCGGAAUUCGCGUCGGGCGGCGAGUUGUCGACAUUCCGCCGACCGCCUUGGCAUUUAAUUCGACCUCCGGCGCCGGGACGAUUUUUGACUCUGGGACGGUGUUCACGCGGCUGGUGCCGGCAGCGUACGAAGCGGUGAGAGACGCCUUCCGUCGGCGGGUGGGCGUGAACAAGACGGUGUCGUCGCUGGGGGGGUUCGACACGUGCUACGCCGACCCGGUGGUGUCGCCGACGAUAACGUUCAUGUUCAGGGGCAUGAACGUGACGCUGGUGCCGGAGAACUUCCUGAUCCACAGUAGGGUCGGGAAGAUAACGUGCCUGGCCAUGGCGGCGACGCCGGACAACGUGAACUCUGUGCUGAACGUGAUCGCAAGCAUGCAGCAGCAGAACCACCGGGUGCUCUUCGACGUCCCCAACUCCAGGCUCGGCGUCGCCCGCGAGCUCUGCACCUAAAUCGACAAUGCAAUGGCUUGUGUUUAAUUAAUUAAUUAAUUGGUUGGGAGUUCUUAGUGAAGGAACAUUUGUGUUGGAUCUUAAUUUGUUAAAGUCUUUGUCGUUUCUCUGCAGCGUGUUUUUGUUUUAUUACGGCUGAUUGUUAUGUUAGGAAAGAAUAAUCUGAUCUAUCAUCUGUAUUGAUUGAAGCCAUAGAGUCUGAUUGUAAUGCUAAUGCUUUAUAGUUCUUGUGCAAGGUUUACCCCUUUUUUGAGUUUCACCU